AUGUCUGCUACUCCUGACGGAUCGAUCGACCAGGAGACAGCCGACCUCAUCUUGAGACUACAGUUAGGAGAUGCUGCGAGAACAACUCGAGACCGUCUCUCAGCCCUUGAGCGACAAGCGCAUGGCGAUUGGCAGCCUGACUACCCCGAGCCCGACGAGCCCGAAUCCUCCGCCUGGGCGGCCGGCCGCAAGCCCGAGCCUGGACGUCUAACCCGUUGUGUUGCUUGCCAGGACGAUGUCAACCUUUUGGAUAUCGCCACACUCCCCUGCGGACACGAGUACUGUCGAUCCUGCGUUACCGAACUCUUCGAACUUUCUCUCACAGCCGAAUCCUUGUUCCCGCCCCGUUGCUGCAGGACUAGCAUCGACCUCGACCUGGCCCGCAUCUUCCUCACCAAUGAACUGGUUCAACAAUACGAGAAGAAAAGGGUCGAGUUUUGA